AUGGUACAGAACCAGUUGGAGGCAAUGGUGACAGAUUUGUUGCAGAAAGCAAAAAAGAAAAAGGUGCCAAUUUCUUCUCCAGAUCCUCCGCCACCACAAGGUUCUCCAGCUCCGGCUCCACCUCCAGCACCACCCUCUCCUCCACAACGACCAUCUCCACCACCAUCACGUCCUCGUUCUCAUCCACCAUCUCCACCGCCAGGUUCUCUUCCUCGUUCCCGUUCUCAUGCACCAACUCCACCGCCACAGUCUCAUGGCAGAGCACCGCCACCUUGGCCUCAUGCACAUCAUGGCCCCAAAGAUGGUCCCCACCGAUAUGGACGAUACAUGCAUGCGUUGGAUGAAAUGUCAAGAAUUCCUGGGCUGAGAAGCUUUGAAGCAUCCACUACCAGGACUUACAGGUGGAAUUUCGCAGACGAUACCAUGGAUGAGAGCUUCCACCACAGUCAUGGACCUUCAUAUAGGCACAGGGGGCCGCCGCCGCCGCCUGAUUAUUACCCCGGGCCCCAUCAUGAAAGCUACUACCGCCGUCAUCACCUACCUUCAUAUAGGCACGUGGAGUCGCCACCGCAUUAUCCGCCCCUCCGACAUGACCACUGUCCUCCAGGAUACCUUUCAUACCACAGGCAUCCGGGAUCGCCACUGCAUGACCACAUGCCUGGAAAUUACCAUGCGCUUCCACCACCGCCCGGCCAGCACCCGUAUGAGGUCUUUUUCAGUGAUGAGAAUCCUAAUGGUUGCAUAAUUACCUGA